CUCGUAAACCCUAAAUUAAAACCCUCCAUCCAGCCAGAUAAUUUGACAGAGAGAGCAGAGCUGAAGGGUGUUAUUAAAUGAUGAUACAGUUUACCUGAUAAAAAUAGCCCUCCAGGUAUUCCUCUUUUCAUCAACGUCUGCUUCAACUUCAUUCUUUAGUUUUGAUUUUCUGCACACAAUGUAUUCCAAUCUAACUAGUCAAGCACUUCCUUUGGCAAUCAGAUUUUCCUCACAGCCCAUCGGAUUCUUUAAACAUCUCCACCCUAAAUCACAAUAUAUUCCCUUAAACCCCUUUUUCAUCGACUUCGCCAAUAAUGCUCACAAAUCUCACAAAAAAUUAACCUCUUUGGAAACCGCUAGUUUGUCAGAUGAAUUUUGUCCUAAGUUAAUGAGAAUCAGCACUUUAGCUAAAGCAAGAAGUAUGUCAAGCGUUUUUAGGGUGAAAAGUGGUUUACAAUGUAGGAGUUUUGCAAGCGCAUACCCAUUGAGAGUUGCUGAAGGUGGUUGUGAUUUAAGAGCUGAAAAUUCACGUCCAUGGUUGAAGUUAAACAAAUCAAAGGAAGUAAAAGGGUUCAAGAAAGUGAGAAGCACUAUGAAUAUUCGUUCAUCUUGGGAAGAAUCAGCAGAGAGAUUGCAAAAAGUGAGUAGUAGCCAUUCCUCUUGGGAAGAAUCUGCCAAAAGAUUGGAGAAAACCACAACCACAAAAAUUGGCCAUUCUUCUUGGGAGGGAUUACCUGAAUCGCCUGUUCAUAAUAAAGAAAACAGAAAUGUAAUCGUAGCUAAGCCAAAGAACUACCAAAAUGGCCACCGCAAGAGCAAAGGGGAUGUCAGGGAGGAAGAAGAAGCAGAAGACGGAAAUGUGGAGGUUGUUGAAGAGCAUAGAUGGGAUAGGAAGAAGAGUAGGUUCAGAGGGGACAUAAAAGCCUCGGCUGAGAAAUCUGAAUUCCGGAGGUGGAAUAAGCAUGAAAAUUUGGGAAGGACAUGGAAACAACCUACCGAAUCAACCGUACCUAAGAUGGUUGGUGAAGGUUUAUAUGGAGUAGGUCCCGUUUUGGCCGCUUUGUCAGCUGGAAGAAGAGAAUUUUCCGCACUGUAUGUUCAGGAAGGAUUGUCUUUGAGUAGUAAUAAUAGGAAAAGGAAGGACAAGAAAGGGUUUGAGAGGGUAUUGAAAAUGGCAGAAAAUAUUGGAAUAAGUAUAAAGGAAACCUCAAAGCAUGACCUCAAUAUGGUUGCUGAUAAUCGUCCUCAUCAGGGUCUUGUGCUAGAUGCUUCUCCAUUGGAGAUGGUAAAGAUUAAGGAAUUGGACCCUGUUUCAAUUGAGGAGGACCAACCGUUUCUUUGGGUAGCAUUAGAUGAGGUCACAGAUCCUCAGAAUUUGGGAGCCAUCAUUAGGUCUGCUUACUUCUUUGGAGCUUCAGGUGUGGUGUUGUGUGCAAAAAAUUCAGCGCCAUUAAGUGGUGUAGUGAGCAAGGCAAGUGCAGGCUCACUUGAAUUAAUGGAGAUGAGGUAUUGCAACAAUAUGAUGCAGUUCUUAAUAUCCUCAGCAGAAAAUGGCUGGCGAGUUCUUGGAGGUUCAGUUUCUCCGAAAGCAAUUGCCUUGAAUGAAAUUCCCCCUGGUCAACCCACUAUACUUGUUUUGGGCAGUGAGGGUACCGGAUUGAGGCCUUUGGUUGAGAGAUCAUGUACUCAUUUGGUUAGGAUCCCUGGAAACAUUCCUGUGGAUGUGACUGCUGGAGUAGUUGAUGAUAUGACUUCUGAUGAACAAUUUCGGUCAUUUAUGGCCGUUGAGAGCUUGAAUGUCAGUGUUGCUGCAGGUGUUCUUCUUCACCAUUUAAUUGGGCAUCAGUCCAAUGAUAACCACCACAUUGUUGAUGUUUCAAUAAACACACACAGUUAAGGUAACUUCAUCCUCAGUAUACUUGUAUACUUUAACGGCCAUUUUCUUCCUUAGAACCAUAUGCUGAUAGUGAAGAGUUUGUGGCAUUUGUGAGGUUUUCUUAAAUGUGUACAAUAUAAAUAGUUGCUUUUGUGAUAAGGGAAGCAACAAGCUUACAUGGGAAUAUAUUGCCCUGGAAAUUUGUAUCCUUGGUAAUCGAUGUUUUGCCACAAUUGAUGAUUAUAAUUGUCUUGCCA